GCGGUUGAAAAAGAAACGCAAAGACAAAGAAGAAAGAACAGAAGAAAGGGAAAAACGGUCCGCCAUAUAUCCGAUCCGAGAAGCUGAAACAGACACCCCGGUCUUGACACCUGAUUUGACAAGACAGCGUCUCUGAUACUGGGAUUGUACUGGCAUAGAGGAACGCGGUUUAAAGCGUCUUCCUAAAAUAAAGAAGACUGGCUACUGGUUUUGCUUCUUGUACGGACUAUUUCAGAGCUUCUACGAGUCGGUUCGAAUUUGAAGUUGAAAAGAGAGAAAAGAAUGCCGAGGAGGAAGCAGCAGGCGCCGAGGCGGGCUGCGGUCUAUGACCCAGACGAUGAUGGUGGUGUCCCAGAACCAAUGGCUGAGGAGGAGGGAGGGAAUGACAUCCCGACCGAAGACGAUGGCUCGGAAAAGAUAAGCCCUAAAGUUGCAGAGGACAAGGAAACAGACAACAAAAGCAACUACAGCUUUCAAAACUCUCCCGUCAGUGUCUUGUCCAACCAGGAGGUCGAACUGGAGUCUCGUCUGAGCGACGGCAGUGACCGACUGUCCGACUUCAAGGCAGCUUCUCCACCCGAGAGCCUAAAGGACAAUGAGAAACACAGUUCCAAACUGAAAGACGAGACGUACAGUAGCCUGGAGAAAAUGAGAGCCACUUACGUCAACUUCCUCUCAGACUCCUACUGGACGAAUCCAGGACUAGAAUUUAAGGUCGACAACACUGGCGGCAAAGCAAACUGUGACAGUACCAAUGCAAGCACCAAGCGAGAGUUCGACUGGCAUCAGGAUGCGCUGUCUAAGACCUUGCAGCAAACCUUGUCCCCGAAAUCUUUGUCCAAACCCAACCUGUUCAGCUCUGUCCAUCUGUAUAGGCAAAGCACCAAAGCAGGGGGUUCGGUCUUUACCGGGGCCAGUCGAUUUCGCUGCAAAGACUGCAGCGCCGCGUACGACACCUUGGUAGAGCUGACGGUUCAUAUGAGCAAGAGCGGUCACUACCAUGAUGACAACCACAACAGGCAAGGCAUCGCCUCGACUUCAUCUUCCAAGAGCCGAAAGAGGAACCUGCAAGACAUGGAGGGCAAAGAGGACGCACAGAAAGUCCUGAAAUGCAUGUUUUGCGGCCAUUCCUUCGACUCUCUCCAAGAUCUAAGUGUCCACAUGAUUAAAACUAAACAUUACCAGAAAGUGCCUUUAAAAGAACCUAUUCCAGUAAUCACUCGUAAAUUACUUCCACCAGCAAAGAAGCGUGCGUUCGAAUCCACAAGGCCUUGUUCCCCUGACUCCACCACUGGUGCUAUAAGCUACAAUGAGGCUCAUAGGUCUUCCGGCCUGGCGAAUGUCCCCAACAACCGAUACGGCUAUCAGAACGGCGCUAGCUACACAUGGCAGUUUGAGACGUGCAAAUCUCAGAUUCUUAAAUGCAUGGAAUGCGGAAGCUCGCAUGAUACUCUUCAACAGCUUACCACUCACAUGAUGGUCACUGGUCACUUCAUCAAAGUGACGAAUUCAGCUUCCAAGAAGGGUAAACAGUUGACCCUCGAUCCUUCAGCAAUAGAGAAGAUGCAGGCACUAGCGGAGCCCAACAUUAACGACUGCGAAGGGCAGAAAGCCUCCCCAAAUAACACAGCCUCUGAGGAUUCUCAAAAAGCUUCCCAAAAAGAAAAGAAACCUGACCGUGUUGACAAAGAGAAAGAGAAAGAUGACCAGGAAGAUGGUGCAGAUCAAAAACCCGCUGAUGCCAGCUCAAAAUAUCCAUACCUGAGGGAGGAGGACCUCGAACAAGGAGCCAGCGCAGGAGGGGAUAUACUCAAGUCCUUAGCUAACACAGUGGCCACAGCAAUAAACAAGGCUCAAACCGGGACACCCAGUUGGAGUGCUUAUCCCAGCAUCCACGCAGCCUACCAACUAUCGGGCAUGAUCAAGAGUGCCCCUCUGUCUGCCUCACCCCCCAUCCAGCUAAAGCAGAGUCCCAGCCAGAGACUGAGGCUCAUUGCUCCCAAGGGGAAGUUUUAUCGGGGACUUCGAGGACUCAAGAGCUUCCAGGGGCAGCACAAUCCGGACAUCAAAAAAGAGAGGAGUGGCACAUCCGACGACAAAGAGAGCCAGAACUGCAAGUUUGAUCUAGCGGAGAACGAUGACAGUGAUUGUCAAGACGAUUCGUCUUCCUCUUCAAAGCUGGAUGCAGACUGCGUAAGUGAAGGGAAUGAGACGAUCAAAGGGAAGUUGAGCCCGGCUUUCUCUGACACGGCCAACCUAUCGCCGAGCCCUCCUGUCAGCAACGGGCACAGCAGUUCUUCAGAGCUUGUCAGCGACUCUCAGGACGUCCUUAGCAUCAACCCUCUAAGUGCACUACAGUCCGUCCUGAACAAUCAUUUGGGGAAGGCGAAUAAGCCAAAGCAGGAGGGGAUUCUGCCACAACGUAGCCGGUCCGUAUACUCAGAGUUGAGCCGGGGCCUGGAAAAAACGGCUUCGUUACUUAAGUCAUCCGCUGGCAUCAGGGCCAACAGCUUCAUGUUUACAAAUAACGACCAGCCCAUAGAUUUAACAAAAAACAAACAUAAAUUGAGCUCCUCUGUUUCGACGCAGUCGUCUACGCCUAUGCCUCAGAAACACGCACUGUCUGACAUUGCAGACAUGGUAAAGGUUCUUCCCAAAGCCACGACACCAAAACCCUCAAUGCCAUCGAGAGUGCCCGCUAUGAAACUGGAGUCGGACGUCAGACGCUUCGAAGACGUCUCCAGCGACGUGUAUUCCAUCCACAAGCGCAAAGGCAGGCAGUCUAACUGGAACCCUCAGCACCUACUCAUCCUUCAAGCCCAGUUUGCUUCCAGUCUCUUUCAGACCUCAGACGGCAAGUAUCUCCUGUCCGACCUCGGCCCUCAAGAGCGCAUGCACAUCUCCAAGUUCACCGGACUGUCCAUGACUACCAUAAGCCACUGGCUAGCCAACGUAAAAUAUCAACUCAGAAAGACCGGCGGGACCAAAUUCCUAAAGAACAUGGACACGGGGCAUCCGGUCUUUUACUGCAACGACUGCGCGUCCCAGUUCAGGAUGCCGUCGGCUUUCAUCUCGCAUCUCGAAUCCCAUCUGGGUUUUCAGAUGAAAGACAUGAGCAAACUGCCGGCGGAGCACCAGACGAAGGUGGCCGAGCCCGAACUGGCUAGGGCUUUUAACGGCAAGGUGACGGACGCCCUCCUGUCGGAGGAAGACGUCGACUCGAAAUUCAAAUGCAAGCUGUGCAGUCGGACAUUCGCCAGCAACCACGCGGUCAAACUCCACUUGAGUAAAACUCACAGCAAGUCUCCGGAGAAUCAUUCACAGUUUGUCGAGAUGGACAAGGAGUAGGUUGCUUUUUACGAUCUGUAGUUUUGUCGUUAAUAACUGUAAUUGCUCUGCUUUUAUAUACGAAAAAAUACGGGUGAAAUUAUUAUUAUUUUUUAUUAUGUUUCGAGUAGCAUCCUGUAGUAGGCUUAUUUUAACAUUUUAUCAAAUAUUUGAAGACGGAAUGGACACACUGGCUAAAUUAGAAGGAUGUUUAAGUAACUACAAUUUGGAAGAAGAAGAAAAAAAAGCAUUUUUUUAAUGAAUACACUGACGUACGUCUUUGCACUCGGCUCAGCUACGUCACCGGAAACAAACUGUAUUAUUGCUUGACGCAUACUUGCUGAUGUUUGCAUGCGAUAGCUCCGGCUAUGACUAUUUAUUUGUAUGGUAUGGCAAGUUUUAAUUGUAAUACCUUUAACGAGAAGACAGUCGAUGCAUUAAUUCCAAGCUCUGAUGACGCACCUGAACGGACAUGUGGCCAAAGUCCACACAUUUACAUUCACAAACACACAUAAAAUGUACAGUCCAUUAUUACUCUGUAAAAUAUGUGUUGCAAUGAUAGAUAAGAAAAGCACUUUAAUAAAUGUUUAAUCACCGGUGUAGGCUCAGAUUCAGUGUGUGUGAUGACGGAUUUAGACGAGUUCGACGGGAAAAUGUCUCACAUCAGUGUAAAUAUAGCAGCUCGAUGAAAAAAACUUGUCUCGUCAUGAGAAUGACGGGAGUGAGACGGAAAAUACGGCACCUUUUAUACCAGUACAAAUAAAGCAUUAACAUUUUC